GGGGAGUUGGAGAAGGUUAUAAAGGUGUCACGCACGCCCAGCAUUUCGUGCGCUCUGUUUGUUGGAACGAAGACGGUUUCGCGGUGGACAGCGGGAUCGUUUCGAUCGGUCGGUGAUGGCAGUGGAAGCCAUGGUUUUCGCCUCCGAUUUCGGGUAUCGAGGGAUGGAUGAACUCCAGAUUGUGAACCAAGACGCUGGCAAUCUUCUGCAACUUGGAAGCAACCUUGGCAGCGAAGGAGGAAAACUGCUGAUGCAGCAGCAGGCGAGACAAAUCGUGUUGAAUCCGACGAUGUUAAGCGACCGAAAGAGCGAGCUCACCUGCAACGAAUCCCAUCCGGGAAAGCGGGCGCGGGUGGAGUCUGUGGCUUUGCCUUGCCAUAACCAGAUUACGGCAACGCAUCCUUUUACCUACAUCAGCGCGCCGCCGAAGGGAGCUGGAGUUGGCGUGCACGAACUGCUUGUACAGAGUCGAUUGCAGGAGUCCUGUGGUGUUUCAACCAGUGGCCGGCAGGCUUUGACUCCGCAGCCCGUAUCUUCCACUGUCCAUGAUCUCGUUUCUCUUCUCUACCAACAAAAUCUGGAAGUCGAUUCGCUCGUUCGUCUUCAGAACGAGCGAUUGCGAUGCGAAUUGGAGGAGAUGUGCAACAGACAUUACCGGGCGUUUCUCUCUGUGUGUGGGCAACAAGCGGCAAAGCAGUUGAUGGAGAAAGAAACAGGGUUGCAGAGCGCUCUCCUCCGGAAUGUAGAGUUGGAGGAGAAGAUACGGCUGAUGAGCGCGGAGAACCAGCUCUGGUUCAACAUGGCUAAGAACAACGAAGCCAUCGUUAGCAAUCUGAGGACAACUCUCGAGCAAGCGCUGCACGAGCGCGUGGCCAACCGAGAAACGAACGUCAUGUCCUGCGAUUUAGGGGCUGAAGACGCUCAGUCGUGCUGCUACGAAGCUGACAACGCCGCCGCCGCCGCCGCUCCGGCGGUGGAAUCCCGGAGGGCCAAGGCAUGCAAAGUCUGCUGCGAGAAGGACGUCUGCAUGCUUCUUCUUCCUUGCCGGCAUCUCUGUCUCUGCAAGGUGUGCGAGUCCGUCGCCGUCGCCUGUCCCGUCUGCGGCGCCAUAAAGAACAGCCGCCUACAAGUCUUCAUGUGCUGAUGAACCGCCGGCAAUUGUCCGCGCGGUUUUUUUGUUUUUUUUUCGUUUUCCCGGCGGUUCGCCAGUCGGUUCGGCUGUGUAAUUUGUUCAUAUCGUUCCUUCUUUUUAGCAAUUUUUUCUUUUUUCUUUUUGUCGAAAGCUUAUAGCGUUUGUCGUGUUGUAUCUAUCCAUAGCCCGUUUGUUAGCUUGGGAAUUCAACCUUACUGUUCACUUA